GUUGGUGCAUUGGAACAGGCAAUGCUGGAUGCUUUAGUGAUGGACCGUGUGGAUUUUGUGAAGCUGUUAAUAGAGCACGGAGUGAACAUGCACCGUUUUCUCACCAUACCUCGUUUGGAAGAACUCUACAAUACAAAACAAGGACCAUCAAAUCUACUUUUGCAUCACCUAGUUCGAGAUGUGAAACAGAAUACCUUCUCCUUGGAUUACAAGAUAUCACUGAUUGAUAUUGGGCUGGUGAUAGAAUACCUUCUUGGUGGAGCUUAUCGGAGCAGCUACACAAGGAAGCAUUUCCGAAUUCUCUACAAUGAUCUCUACAGAAAACACAAGAGCCUAUCUCAUUCCCUUCAUCAGAGUACGCAGACAAGUAGCAGAAUGGGAUCUGCUGAAAGUACUUUGCAUUCUCAGUUCUUCAGAACAGCACAGCCUUACAAAUACAAGGAAAGAUCCACUGCUUUCCAUAAGGGUAAGAAGAAAUCAAAAGAGGAUGUAAACUUUGCAGACAACUGUGAGUCAUCUGGCUUUAUCUACCCCUAUAAUGACCUCCUGGUUUGGGCAGUAUUAAUGAAAAGGCAGAAGAUGGCAAUGUUCUUCUGGCAGCAUGGAGAGGAAGCCAUGGUCAAAGCCGUUGUGGCUUGUAAACUCUACAGGGCGAUGGCACAUGAAGCUAAACAGAGCAACAUGGUGGAUGACACUUCAGAAGAACUCAAGAAGUACUCAAAGGAAUUUGGGCAGCUUGCCUUAGAAGUGCUGGAGAAAGCAUUUAAACAAAAUGAGCAGAUGGCCAUGAAGUUGCUGACCUAUGAACUGAAAAACUGGAGCAACUCAACUUGCUUAAAACUAGCAGUGUCUGUGGGGCUGCGGCCUUUCGUAUCCCAUACUUGCACACAGAUGCUGCUGACCGAUAUGUGGAUGGGACGCCUGAAGAUGCGGAAGAACUCCUGGUUUAAGGUCAUUAUGAGUAUUCUCCUGCCCCCCACCAUCUUGAUGCUGGAGUUUAAAAGCAAGGCAGAAAUGUCUCAUGUGCCUCAGUCUCAAGACUUCCACCAGUUCACGUGGUAUCAUGGGGAUCAGAGCCCGACAAGCUCUAAAGAUGCCUUGUCUCUGAAGGAUUAUGAUGUGGAGAAGGUUGCUCAGAAGCCUGAUGAAAGCCAGCUAGACAGUGGACAAGGAAACCUGCCUGGCACUAGGAAAAUCUAUGAAUUCUACAACGCACCAAUUGUCAAGUUCUGGUUUCAUACGAUGGCGUACAUGGCAUUUCUUAUGCUCUUCACUUACACUGUGUUGGUGAAGAUGGAACCAAGACCAAGCGUUCAAGAAUGGCUUGUUAUCAUUUAUAUUUUCAGCACUGCUAUUGAAAAAGUCAGGGAGGUAUUUAUCUCAGAACCUGGAAAAUUCCGCCAAAAAGUGAAGGUGUGGAUUUAUGAAUACUGGAAUUUUACUGAUUCUAUAGCUAUCAUCCUGUUUAUGAUUGGUUUUGGCUUGCGCUGGUCCAACCCCCCUGUUCAAACUGCAGGGAGGCUACUUUACUGUUUGGAUAUAAUAUUCUGGUAUGCUCGGCUCCUUGAUCUUUUUGCUGUGAAUCAGCAUGCUGGCCCAUACCUGACAAUGAUUGGGAAAAUGACAGCAAACAUGUUCUAUAUUGUAGUCAUGAUGGCCAUAGUCUUGCUGAGUUUUGGAGUGUCACGAAAGGCAAUCCUUUCACCGGAGGAGCCUCCUUCUUGGACUCUGGCACGAGAUAUUGUAUUUCAACCGUACUGGAUGAUGUUUGGUGAAGUCUAUGCUGGAGAAAUAGAUGUCUGCGAAACCAAUGAAGACUGUCCUCCUGGCUCCUUCCUCACACCGUUCCUCCAAGCUGUCUAUCUCUUCGUGCAGUACAUCAUCAUGGUCAACUUGCUUAUUGCUUUCUUUAAUAAUGUUUAUUAUGAUUUGAAAUCUAUAUCGAACAAGCUCUGGAAGUACAACCGGUACCGCUACAUUAUGACCUACCAUGAGAAGCCAUGGCUGCCUCCACCUUUCAUCCUCCUGAGCCACAUUGGACUUCUGAUAAACUGCAUCUUCCACCAUCGGCCCCCAAAUGAGCUGGAUCAAGAGGAAGGCGACGUUGGACUAAAGCUGUACCUGAGUGAUGAGGAGUUAAAGAAACUCCAUGACUUCGAGGAGCAAUGUGUGGAAAAAUACUUUCAUGAGAAGAACGAAAGCCUGAGUUCCAGUGACAGCGAAAGGAUCCGUCUGACAACAGAAAGAGUGGAGGAGAUGUUUCUGCAGCUUAAAGAAGUUCACGAGAAGGUUUUUUAUAUCAAGGAGUCUUUACUUUCCCUGGACAGCCAGCUAGGACAUUUGCAAGACCUGUCUGCCUUGACAGUAGACAUCCUGAAAGUGCUUUCAGCUGUAGACACCUUGCAGGUGGAAGAAGCCUUACUGGCUGACACAAAAUACCGAACCUGUAGGAAGCUGCCCCAUAGCUGGAGCAAUGUGCUCUAUUCCAAGACCUUGAGCAGCCUAGAGUGUUUGUAUGACAAGAAGUACCACUACUACAGCAUGCCACCCUCCCUCUUACGGAGCUUGGUGAAGAGUCAGUGGCCAUCGGAGUGCAAAGACCACGUAUUGAGGACUAAGAGUAACAAGGUAGUAGAAGACAGCUCUCGAAAGAUAGAGAUAGAAAGUGACACACUCACUUCAGGAGUAUCCUCUGAGACUAAGUCAACCCCUAGGUAUGGACAAUUUUUGCUGGUGCCCCCUGACCAUCAGGGAGGGUCUUUCUCGGAGGAUGUCACCUUAAAUUUGUCCUUUCUGAGCACUCCUGCCAAGUACAGAGAUGAUGCAUUCAGAGAUGAACUGCAAAGUAGCAUCGUGGUGCAGCAAAACUUGCAAAGUGUCAGCCUCAUUGGAAAAGGGCCAGAAGAUUAUCAAUGGAGCCAGAGAGACUUUGUUAUUCAUUUGCCAUCAGAAAAGACUAAUGCCGUAGAGGCUGAUCAUCCUCUUGGUCUCCAGCCAUCGCUGGAUAUUGAAGAGAGUGCAGCACCUUCCUGCAAUGACAGGGAAGAAACUGAAGGUGGUUAUGUGAACUGGGGAUUCUCUGAAGGUGAUGAAAAAGGGGUUUUCAGCUCAGAGAAGAAACAAAAGAAGGCCCUGUGCAUACAUUCCACCUAUAACAGUGACUGCAAUUGCACUGGUAGUCCUCCCAGGCAUGUGAUUAGAGUGGAUGAUUGUCCCCAGAAUGCCCAAGUGAGCUCAGAGCCCGCAGAGAUCAACGUCUGCAAUGAGCAAGAGAAACACAGCAAGAACUGGCUCACGGUGUCUAAUUUCAGUCAGCUAAAUAUCUCUGCCUGCUUGAAAACAUCUCAAGACCUGCAUCAUCACUACUCAG